GAGACGAAGGGAGAGCGCGCACGUGGAAGAAGCGACGGUCCUCGCGAUGUGGUGCCCGCCGCCCUUCCCGCCUCCGCCGCCCUUCCCGGACUGGGGCUCCCGGGGGCCUUGGGCGCAGCCCCCUCCGCCGCCGCCAUGGGCCUGGCCUCGGCCGCCCUCCGCCUCCCCUUCUCCUUCCCCGGCGCGGCCCUCAGGGAGAAAUUGCCAUUUUGAUGGACAAUGGCAGGAGCAACAAUCCGGAUUUCACCAUUCUGGACCAGGGCAAGGCAGGAAGUAUAAACGGAAGAACAAGAAGAGAAAAGAACCUGUUUUUUCUCAUUACUGUGAUUCAUGUGAUCGUGGUUUUAAAAAUAAAGAGAAAUAUGAAGAACAUGUCUCUCAGCACAUGAAGUGUACAGAGGAUGGCUGCAGUUUCAGUGCACACGAAAAACUGAUUCAGAUCCAUUUGAAAACUAUGCAUGCUCCUGGUGCCAAAAGAAUCAAAUUGGACACUCCAGAGGAAAUUGCAAAAUGGAGGGAGGAAAGAAGAAAAAAUUUCCCUACUUUGGCAAAUAUUGAAAAGAAGAUAGCACUACAGAAGGAAAAGGAGCAACGUGGAGAGGUUCUUAGGACAUUACAGUUUGGCAAAAUGAAAGGAAUGUGGAAACCGCCUCAUUGUGAGGCUUCUAGGCAACAAGGAAAAGGAAGAAGGCGAAAGAAUGGCUUCUGGAAAAAAAACAAGAAUGUGCCUAAUGAUAAAGAUCUCCUUUUACAUGCUCAAAAUGCAGCAACAAAUGGUAUCCAGAGCCAUGGAACUGAGAAGGAAGUUAAAACACAGCCUGCUGGAGAAGCACACCCUUCUCAGAGAGAUGUUGAUCCUCUUAGCAUUUUGGCCAGUAAUGAUCUUGAUUCAGAUAAAGAAGUGGAAGAUGAAAAAGAGGCAGCAGGAGGGAUUAGUGUCAUUCCGAAGCAAGUUACUUCAGCUUUGAACUCACUGGUAGCCAAUUAUGGCAGUUUGUCAGAAAGUGAAAGUGACCAUGAAGAACCCAUCAAGACUGCAGCAAAAGGACUUGAUGAAGACCAAGCAAUUCUCAGAAGUGUCCCUCAGUCUUCAAACAGCCCUCGAGACUCAGAACACAGAAGCAGCAAUGGAACUGUUAAUCAUACAGAUGCAACACAGAGGCGACCUGAUCCACGCACAAUACACACCCGAGGUCCAAACAGACAAAAGAAUGGACUUCCUUUAGUACCAAAACGCCGUCCAACUCUUCUGGAAAUGCUGCUAGCAAAGGACAUCCGGCAUGAAAGAAAUGUAAUUCUUCAGUGCAUUCGCUAUAUCCUCCAAAAUGAUAUCUUUGGAUUCCACUCACAGACUAAUUUAACUGGAGAGACUUCUCAAGCUGUGGGAGACCUUUUGGCAGACCGGCCUAGUGAAGCUCAUAACUCUCCUAGUUUGCCCAACCAGUUAACACAAGAAAACGAAUGUCCUGGAGUUCAAAGCAAGGAGGCAUCUGUAUCCCAAACAUCACCAACUUCUCAAGCUACUGAUGAGAAAGUUUGGGAAACUGCUGAAGCCUGCAGUGAAGAAGACUGACUUUUGUGCAAUAAUUAGAAAAUUGAUGAGCCCUUUCAGGGUUGUAUUAAAAAAAUACUCAGAUUACCAGCGACAUCAUACGAUUUCUCUUAAGUUUCAGCUGCGGUUCUGAUGGAAGUGCAGAAUCUACUUUGCCACUGUGCUGACUUUACAAUAUUUUUUUUGCUGGUUUUAUUUUUGCAUCUCACCAUUUGUAUAGAGAUUGAAUUAAAAUUACUUUAUAGAGUAAA